AACGAAGAGCAGCUGGAGCAGUUAGGGGCUGUCAGCAAGUUUCAUAUUUAAUUGUAAAUUGUGUAUAAGGUCUAGUCAGUACUGCAUUGAAGAUGAUACGAACGAUUGUCUGGCGAAACGAGAUGUGUAGAUUCACUUCAAGAACAUUAAAAUCUAAUAUCGUUAGAUGUUUAAGUGUAGAGUGCAAGAGAAGAAAGCACAUUCAUGGUAAUGGCAUACCCUUGGUAAGAAGAGUUGUGUUCAGGUGGAUGUGGGAUACGAAUCAAUAUGUUUUUUACAGUUCGGGUAGUUACCCGCCGCACAGCAAAGUUGCGCUACCUGCUCUCUCACCGACGAUGGAGGUUGGUACUAUCAUUAGUUGGGCAAAAAAAGAAGGCGACAAGUUAAACGAAGGUGAUUUAUUGGCUGAGAUAGAAACUGAUAAAGCAACAAUCGGUUUCGAAACCCCAGAUGAAGGGUAUCUUGCUAAAAUUAUAAUUGCAGCAGGUACAAGAGAUGUACCUAUAGGGAAGCUGGUUUGUGUGAUUGUUGAAAAUGAGGCAGAUGUUGCAGCCUUUAAAGAUUUCAAAGAUACAGAUGGACCUGCAGCUACGCCAGCUGCAAAAGUGGAAACUCCUAGCCCAGCUCCAGCAAUGCCAUCAGCCCCACCACCAGCCCCCAAAACUCCAGCUGAUCCCAUCACUUCACGAGUUUCAGGCACAGAGCGACCGUAUGCAAGUCCCUUAGCGAAGAAACUGGCUGCCGAGAAAGGUAUAGAUCUAGCAGCAAUAGGCAAAGGAAGUGGUAUGUUUGGAUCUAUCAAGUCCACAGAUUUACGAGGGGAAGUUGCUACAGCAGCUUCGAAGAUGUCCGUAGCUACAGCUGUACGUGGGGCGCCUUCUGAAGACCUACCAGUUUCCAACAUACGUGGAAUCAUAGCCAAACGGUUGCUUGAGUCGAAGCAAACGAUACCACAUUACUACUUGACCAUUGAUGCAAGAAUUGACAAAAUUUUGGAGAUUCGUAGCAAACUGAACAAGCAACUUGAAAAAGAAGGUGGCAAAUUGAGCAUAAAUGACUUUGUUAUCAAGGCAGCAGCCAUGGCUUGCACCAAGGUACCCGAAGCAAACUCUUCGUGGAUGGACGUGUUUAUUCGUCAGUACAAUUCUGUCGAUGUAAGCGUGGCUGUCUCUACGGAAAAUGGUCUCAUAACUCCCAUAGUUUUCAAUGCUGAUACGAAAGGUAUUGCAGCUAUAAGUAAGGACAUUAAGACUCUGGCUGCCAAAGCACGUCAGGGAAAGUUGCAACCGCAAGAAUUUCAAGGAGGGACAUUUUCAGUUUCCAACCUUGGAAUGUUUGGAGUGAAAAAUUUCUGUGCUAUCAUCAAUCCUCCUCAGUCAUGCAUCCUUGCAGUUGGCACUAGUGACAUAAGACUGGUUCCAAGUAAAUUAUCGGAGAAGGGUUACGAAGAAGCAACUUUUGUGUCAUUUACAUUAAGUUGUGACCAUAGAGUGGUAGAUGGCGCGGUCGGGGCACAAUGGCUGUCAAAGUUCAAAGAGUUUAUAGAGGAUCCAUAUAUGAUGUUGCUGUAAGGAGCUGUGUGUCCUUGUCAUGAAGUGUUAGUCCAUGCUGGCAUGAACUGUGCAAUAUUUGAGUGGAAGUUCAUGCUCUUUAUCUGAAGAGUCAAAUCUUCAGGACCAGCUGGUUGAUGUAAAUACUGCUGUAAAUUAAUUUUAAAAUACUUGUAAUCAAAUUUUUAUCUAAUUUAUUGGUUGCUCCAGUUUCAAGCAGUGAUUUGAUACUAGUCAGUAUCCUGUUUUUAGAGGGUGUUAAACUUAAAUCAAAUUUGUGCCAUGUAUAAAUUGCUUCUGUUGAAAUAGUCUGCCUGUUUAAGUUCACUAGACACUCAUAUAAGUAAAAUUGUAAAUCAGUGUGCUAAUUACAUUCAUAUGGAAAAAUUCUUGCAUGGAAAUGAUUUUGAAAUUGUCUUAUGUUAAAAUAUUUAUGAUACUCAGCUCUUUCUUGAUUAUUUCCAUUCCUUUAAAAUGUGGUUGAUGGUUGUGAUCGAGUUGAGUAUUGUCAUUGAGGUUCACAGGAAUAAUCUUAACCCCCCCAAGCAGAACUCAAAAUUAUAACUAUAGACUUCUGAGUUUGUAUUCAAGUGGUCCAUUACCAACAAUCAUUUUAGAGGUUGUACUACGUAAGCCUCUGUUCAUAACCAUGCUUGUUAAUUUUGUAUUUUGGAGUGUGUGCACUGUUAAGGUAUUUUGAAAGAUUUCUUGAAACAAUUUUUGCUAUAGGACCUAUAAUGAAGUUAAAUUUUUUUUUUGGUACUAGAUGUUACAAAAUAAUCAAAAUUCCACUUUUUACAUAUUUUAAUCAUUUUUGUCUGAAUAUUGGCUGCUUAUUUUAUAACUGUUUGAAUAAAUAUAUUUUGUUUGUGUUUGCA